GCGUCCCGACCUGUACUCCGUGCUACACGGUAGUUAUCGUCCUGGUCCAAAAUUGCCGCAAUCCAUUGCCAACUCCUUUUGCAAUUUACCUCAUUCUCAUUCGCUUUCAGCCCUGUCUGCCACUUCUCAUCGCUCGCUUCGUCCUUUUGAAAUUCUAUUUCUCCGCAUUUGUCGGGUUCGGAGACUCUUCCCGUUUCUCCACAUCUAUCCCAAUUCGUCCCCAAAUUUCCCAAAAAGCUUCGUAUCCUAUUCCCACUGGUGAGACUCGGACUAAAAGUAUGCAACCAUUAAACGUCCUCCCCGAUAUCCACCGUCGCGAUCCCGACCUCCCUGACUGGCCCUUUGGAUCCCGAGUCUUCCCGAUUGAUGAGUCUGAGCCUUCGUCUAAUCACUCCACGGCCCUUGUUCUUAGACCUCGCGACGACCUCGUUGGAAAUCACAACGGGUGUUCUGUGUUAUGACCACCGGAAUGUUGUGGAUUUCUCCUCAGAGGGGUUCAAUGUUAGCGCGCGGACAUAAAAACAGACUGCUUCCUAUCGUUCUGUCAUCUCGUGCAACCAUUUCUUCUGCAUCUUUCUCAUCUUCUUCGUUAUCAUUUUCCAUUGCUGGUACUCGCCCCAAUAGUAGUGUGACUCAGCUUGCCCCAAUGGCUCGUCUUCCUGCACAGCAAGGCCGUCAGGUCCAUGCGACCUCGACGUCGUAUGUGAACCAUGCCGCUCCAGUAGAGGCCAACUUCGAUACCGCCAACCCUCCAUACAUCCGCAAGUACCUCCGCACAUACGGUCUGACUCCUCCGCGCGCAGAGUCCUACGAGGUCCAGAAAACAAGAUGCCUGGCACAAUUGGCCUUGAAGCAAACCGCUAUUGACAAGUUUCUCUACCUGAGCACUCUUCGCAAGAACAAUGUGCAUUUAUUUUACCGUCUGGUGACGGAUCAUCUGAGGGAACUUACCCCUCUGAUCUAUACCCCGGUCGUCGGUGAAGCUUGCCAGAGAUGGUCCGAGAUCUACCAGCAACCGGAAGGUAUGUACCUAAGUUGGGAAGAUCGCGGCAAUCUUGCUGCUGUCAUUGCCAAUUGGCCCCAGCCCAAUGUGGAGAUCACAUGCAUCACCGAUGGCUCCCGAAUUCUCGGCCUCGGCGACCUUGGCAUCAAUGGAAUGGGCAUUCCUAUUGGCAAGUUGGCGCUCUACACUGCAUGUGCAGGUAUUCGCCCCGAGGCCACUCUGCCUUUGACUUUGGAUCUGGGAACAAGCAACAAGACUCUCCGGGAAGACCCGUUGUACAUGGGUAGCCGCCGUGACAAGAUUACCCCGGAAGAGGAGCGGGAGUUCAUGGAUGAGUUGAUGGCUGCUCUUACGGAGCGUUGGCCUGGCAUUGUCAUUCAGUUCGAAGACUUCAAGAACCCCUUCCCUGCCUUGGAGCGCUACCGCGAUAUUUACACGUGCUUCAACGAUGAUAUCCAGGGCACGGGAGCCGUCAUCCUGGGUGGAGUCAUCAACGCCGUGAAGCGCUCGGGCCUUCCUUGCAAGGAUCACCGUGCUGUCUUCUUUGGUGCGGGAAGCGCCGGUGUCGGCGUUGCUAAACAGAUUGUUGCUUUCUUCAUGCGUGAGGGCAUGACUGAAGAUGAGGCCCGGUCAUGCUUCUACCUGGUUGACACCAAAGGUCUCGUCACCACUGACCGUGGCGACAAGCUCGCCGACCACAAGGUCUACUUUGCCCGAGAGGACAAUGAAGGCCAGCAGUAUAAGACCCUUGAGGAGGUUGUCGACUAUGUGAAGCCAACCAUCCUCAUGGGUUUGUCUACCAUUGGUGGCGUCUUCACCCCAGAGAUCCUACGCAAGAUGGCCGACUGGAACACCGCUCCUAUCAUUUUCCCUCUCUCCAACCCCUCCUCCAAGUCCGAGUGUGACUUCGAGACCGCUAUCACUCACACCGAUGGUCGGGCUCUCUUUGCCUCUGGUUCUCCCUUCCAGCCUUUCUCAUUCACUAACUCUGCUGGAGAAACUCGCACCUACUAUCCGGGCCAAGGCAACAACAUGUAUGUCUUCCCUGGUAUCGGUCUGGGUACUAUCCUCUCCAAGGCGGUCAAGAUCACCGACAGCAUGAUCUAUGCCUCGGGUGCGGCCCUCUCGCAGGCCCUAACUGCGGAGGAGAUCGAACGUGGUCUGCUCUAUCCCGACUUGACCCGGAUCCGCCAGGUCAGCGUUGUGGUGACACGCAAGGUCAUCCGUGCUGCACAGGAAGACAAGGUUGAUCGUGAGACUGCCUUGCGCACCAUGAACGAUGACGCGCUUGAUGCGUGGAUCAAGGCCCGCAUGUAUGACGCUCACAGCGAAGUUCUGGCCUUGGAGAGGGAAGUUGGUGCCCUCUUGCACAACCUGAACCCAGCCUCCCUCUUGAAUGGAUUGUCGAGUGAAGAGAAUGCCAAGCUGUAAACGGCUCGUAUUUUUUUUGUUCUUCUUCCUUCCCUCAUACCCUUUUCCCCUCAUCUUCUCCAUGCUCGACUCCGUAGCAUCCCCCCUUGGAGCAAUCUUUCUUGCGUCACUAAAAUCCUGGGACUUUCCAGGCCGGUUUGAUUUGAUUUGAAGCGCUUUUUUUUUUGUUCAUGCCUCACGGCCGUUGGCUAGAAGGAUGCACUUGUUCCUGUAUACCCCGUUCAUCACUAAUUGCGAUUUGUCCUACAUUUUGGACUUGGGUAUUUGUUCGGUUCGUUUUAGAAUGGUCCAUGAUUGUGGUAUUUCGGGCAAAUUGAAUGAAUAACAAUUGAUUGAAUUGGACUUAUUUUCUGCUUGAUGUUUCGUGUUCCAUCCAACUCUUAGAGUAAGUAAUUUUGUGUAGGUAUUAGGCAGGGUAUCUCUCUGGGGCCGUGAACCUCCACCUGGACCCUCGCAAGCUUUUCCCCUCGUGGGCGGGCAUGUGAAGUGGGGAAUUGCGGAGGCUUUGCAUUUGAAUCUCUCCGGCGGGCGAAGCUAAGGUUAAGGUUGUGCAGAUCUAAUCUUUACCCCCUUCGCAAUGGAUGUCGCAUUGGGAUUUGGGAUGGAUUUUCAAUGGUCCCUGGUCGUAGGAAUGUUGGAAACAUGUAUGAAAAAGAUUUCCCUCUAUCUAAAUCUAUCAGGGUUGGUUAACAACAAAC